AUGGGCGCGUUUACAGCGCGUUCGAAAUCCAACUUGAACCUGCACGACCACCAAGGACGACCUCUCACGACCCUAUGCCAAGACAGCAUGGCGACCACGACGCAAAUACUCUUUAACUCUCCUGCUUUACACUCGCUAAAGCGGGACCAGCUCGUCAAACUUUGCAAAAUUCACGGUAUCAAAGCUAACGGCAAGAAUGUUGAACUCAUCGAACGGCUUAAAGUUCGCGCUACGGAACUUCCACCGGAGGCCGCUACGAUUCAACCUGAAGAAGAUAAUGAACAGGACGACAACAACCAUGACAAUCACGUGGAUGCUACGAACGACUCUGAUGUGGAUAUGUCUGACAGUAUGCAGUUCAAUGGUAUGCCCAGACUAAGCGAACGGUGGGAAAUGGUCAUGGAGGAUAUUGAAGAGGUUGACGAGACUACUCUGGGUACCAUGUCUUCCAUGAACACGCUGCGCUCUACUCGUACCGCUGGCGAGUUUGGGAGCAAGAACUCGAAGAAAUAUGAGAAAUACUUGCUGGCAAGACUUCUUAUUGUCUGCCAAUGUUAUGUUUUCCUCGCCGAAGAUUUGUUGUUGCCCUAUUGCCCCUCAGACUGAUGCAACUCACUGCAGGCACGAUGACAUCUUCGAUCAAAGCAUUGGCAAACUCAUUAGGCAUCAAGCGGUCUUACUCCGGCAAAUCCAUAGCAAGUCACAAAGAACCCUCACGUUCCUCAGUGGCCCAAGACGAACUCGAUCAACACGCUGUUCCAUACUCCUCCUUACCGCCUCCAGACUUCCUCCCAGCAACCGACCACUUCAAGCUCUCCACACCCGAUGUAACCAUGAGUGGCCCAGACGACUCUUUGAAUGAACCUAUUCCAGGAAGUCCCUCGCGUCCUGGUGCACCUGCCCCUUCGAACGCGAGGCUCAGUACGGGUGAAGGAUUAACCACAACGAUUCGCCUUAUAACAUCUCCCUUUGAUCCCAGCAACGUCGCGUCACCGCCGCGACUACAACCUCUUCAACCCUCUUUCGACCUCAUCAUGAGCCCUGGCAGCGACCAACAACAGCGAGUCAACGUGUGGCCCGCUUCUCCAAACAACGGCCAGCGGCUGUAUCCCGCUGUACCUUUUGAAGACUUACCUUCUUUGAACGCGAUAGUGGCCUCAUCUUCAAAUUACGCGAGUCCCGCGAAGCCCAUGCCAUCCAACGAUACUCAGGAUAUCUUCUCCCCGCAGAAAGUACCUGCUCCGCCAGUCCAACACACCGGACGUUUGUCUCUUCCACAAAACCAACCUUUCUUAUUCGGUUCGCCACUCCCUCAACCUAGGCUCUCCAACAAAGACUUCGGCAAAGCCGCUGCUUCCGUGCUAGAUGAGAUGAACAAACGACUUGCGGAGGCAGGAGUUCAGAAAGUUGAUGCUGGUGUCUUGAAGAGGGACACAACGGACGACAUCUUCGGUUCGACCGUAAACCAGAUCCACCAACGUACGAACAAUACAGACCGGUUUGCCAAGACUCACGAAGCAGCUUUCAACCAGAUGGAUUCUAUCGUAAACCACUAUGCAGCCCGCCGCGGACAGCAACCCUCUCAACCUGCGUCGAAGAAGAGGGAGUCAGAUACCCUUGGUCUAGGUACAGGUCCUGGUGCAAAGCGAAAGAGCACCGUCGCCGGGCAUACAGGACACCGCGUCAUCAGCAACGGCGUUCGGAAGAACAUGAGCAUUCCUGGUGGAUUUGGAGACGAUGAGGAGGAGGAUGAACCAGAGCACGAAGAAGUGGAGGCGGCUGGAGAUCGAAGAUCUUCCAAGCGCAUCCGCAUUACCGAGAGUGAUGUGACCAAGGGUAGAAGGAUAUCAUUGGUUCCGCCUGCUCCUGGUCAGACCGCUGAGGAGCGUCAGAGGCAAGAGCGCAGAAAGUCGAGGGACCACGAAGCCAUGAAGAAGAGACUUGAUGGUAUCAAGGCCAGAAGACGAAGUAGUAGGGGACGACCAAGCCUCGGCAAAGCAUCAGCACCGAAAGCGAAGCCAUCACGAUUCGGGUUCCUGUCCUCCGCAAAGACUUUGGUCCGUAACGUAUGGAAUAUGGGAGCUGGUAGUAGCAAACCAGUUGCUCCACCUUCCAACAUCCCGGUACCGAAGCCUAGUGCUCCAGUUAAGGCAGCUCCAUCUACCGCGCCUGUUGCGAAAGCACCUUCUGUGGGACUCGGACAUCCUAGCAUGAGGAGCACGACCGCUACCUCUGGCAUCCGUUCAAGCAGUGGGGCAUCAAAUAACUCACAUCUUGCGCCGAAGACAGCCAGAUCGACAAGUACGCUGACUGCCUCUCGGUCACGAUCACCCAUCCCCUCGUUCAACGUGCCUCCGAAAACGGGAGGCACUGCACCUUCCAGAACAAGUGGUAUUGCCCAACCGAGCGUCGCUUCGAAGAGAACCUCAGUCAUGGGUUCCUCUAUGGGGACUAGGACAAGCCUCGCCUCCACAGCCAAUGGUGGCGCAUCUUCAAUGGGAGCUAAACGUAGUCUCGCCACAGGUGCUUCAUCUAGUUCAGUCACCCACGCUCGAAAAGAUAGCAAUACAAGCGUAGGCAGCAAGAUCAUUUCCCCCGGGGGGAUCCCAAGACGACCUUCCUCAAGCCUGAUGGCACCGACGGCAAGCUCCUUGGCUAAGAUGAGGGGAUCCAACGCUGCCACCAGUAUUAACGCGGCAUCUUCCCCAAGGACUCUACAGUCUAUCCUCAAUACACCGCAGAAGUCCCCCAAGCCUACAAAGAUCUUUAGCAAGCCAUUGCCCGCUGACUUUGGCAGUCCCACCUCCCCACCUACCCCGGCGCACAACACGUCCCUAGCAGCAGCAGCUACCACUAUCAUGAACAACGCCACCGCAGGAUCGAAUCGUCCGGGCGUACCUCCUAAACCUCCAUCGCUAGCUGGUCGACGACCUCGUAUCUCUCGAUCUCGCGUCAUUGCCAAGUUGGGUGCUCAACGUGCUGCGACAUCAGGCAGUAGCGGAUCUACUGCUGAAAUCGGUGGCCCCCGUAAUCGUUCUAGUAUGGGUGCGGCUCGAAGAUCCUUGGGUGUGGUCAAAAAUAACAGAACCGCAUCUGGUGGAGAUGUCGUGAUGAGUGCGAAGAAGAAAGCGAGGCAAAGUGAAUAUGCGAGACGUCGAAGCCAUGUGAAGGCUGCUAGGGCUUCUUCAGGUAGGCCCUCAUUGGGUGGACCGUCUUUGAGCAAGUCGCCCCUGAAGACAGCUGGACGUCUUUCUGGGGCGAUGGAUCUUGACGAUGACUAGUACCAGUGUGUGUACGGGGAGGUUUUUUUUUUCUUGUGACUAUUAUUUCGUUCUUGCGCUUGCUUCUUCGUCCCGUCUCAUUUGGGGCUUGGUUGGGUUUGUAGUAUGGUUAUGAACCUAAAUAUGUAUGUAUAGUGUAUUAUUCAGCUCGUAUAGUCCUACCUAGAAUGCAGUAUACAGGUUUGAGCUGUUGUUCGCCUGUAAAGCCAGAUGAAAUGACUCAGUGUUGCAACCUUAGAAAGUACUGAUCGCGUGUCGGGAGUUGCAAUAAUUUUCCAGCUCCUAC